AUGCUUGAAUGGAGGGAAGCAUUUGGUGACCUCAACUCUACCUGCACAUUACCUCAGGGACUUCCUUCGAGUGUUGCUGUCAGUGUAUCGCUGUUUGCCUGACAACGACCCCACCCUCGACGCCAUCGAGCCCGUCAAAUCGAUCACUAGCGACCCCCAGACCUGGCGCGAAGCAAUGUCCAGCGACGAGCACAACAUCUGGGCUGAGGCCGCCGCCGCCGAGUUCACCGCCAUGCGCGACGACUUCAAGGUGUUCACCAUCGAGCCUCGCUCAUCUGUACCGCCGGGCGCCACCAUCGUCACCUCCAAAUUCGUCUGGAAGACCAAGCGCAACGCAAGCGGUGAAGUCACGGGGCGGAAGGCACGUCUUGUAGCGCAGGGUAACCGACAGCGCGACGGCAUCGACUUCUCAGAAACCUUCGCACCCGUCGCCCGUUUCUCCUCCAUUCGCUGCCUCCUGGCUCUUGCCGCUGCCAAUGGCUACCACGUUCAUCAGGCCGACAUCGACAAGGCUUACCUCCACGGCGAGCUCGAUCAUGAUAUCUGGAUGACGACACCACGCGGUUUCGACUUCCCGAGCGAUAAGGUUCUCCGGCUGCGACGCUCAAUCUACGGUCUCAAGCAGGCCGGUCGCAUCUGGAAUCGUCACAUUGACACAUCACUCAGGAAUCUGGGGUACAAGGCAACAGGCACUGAUCACUGCAUUUACUCUCGCAUUGACGAUCAGCAGCGGCCUCACUAUAUCGCCUUGUAUGUCGACGACCUCCUCAUUGUCAGUCCAGCCCUCGACGAGAUCGAACGUGUCAUCUCCGGCCUUGAACAGCGGUACGGCGUCAAACGACUCGGCCCCGCGGAGUACAUCCUCGGAAUCCAAAUACGCCGCCUGGACGACGGUUCCAUUGCUCUAUCCCAGGAGCGCUACAUCAUGGACGUGCUGGCCCGUUUCCACUUCGACACCACGACACGCGGCACUACGGUGCCGAUGACGCCCGGCCUCUCGCUCACGGCAAUUCCGGGUCAGGGAACGGAGCGCAUUCGUUCGUGGUACCUACAGGCCAUCGGCUCCCUCCUCUACAUCUCCCUUGGCACUCGACCCGACAUUGCCUUCGCCGUCUCGUACCUGUCCCGGUUCGCCAACAACCCCGGCCGCCGCCAUUGGAUUGCCGUCAAACACGUCCUUCGCUACCUUCGCGCCACGUACCGCGAUGAGCUUCUCUAUGCCCGCGGCCCAGCAAAAGUCACGGGUGUGGUUGGUUAUUCUGAUGCGAACUGGGGCGCCUGCGUCGACACAUCCAUUUCAACGAUGGGCUACGUAUUUUACUUGGCAGGCGCCGCUGUCUCUUGGUCGUCGAAGCGUCAGACUCGGGUAGCGGAUUCCACCACUGAUGCCGAGUACCUGGCCUUGUCGCACGCGGGUAAGGAAGCGAUCUACCUUAACCAACUCCUCUCCGAGCUCCACGUUUGCCCAAUCGCUGCAGCUCACAUCUUCACCGACAACGAGGCCGCGGCCGCCGUCGCUCACGACCCCGUUCGCACCUCCGGCACCCGGCACAUUCGCCUCCGCGAGCAUUUUGUCCGUGACAUGGUCAAUCGAGGUGAUAUCUCUCUCUCACACGUUGGCACAGCAGACAUGGUUGCGGACGUAUUCACCAAAGCGCUAGGCCCCAAGAUUUUUGGUACACAUUGCUAUGCUCUAGGCCUCCGGACGCGACAUCCACGGCUCAAGUCUACCUCGCGUUCGCGUGGGGGGGGGUGUGAGGAAUCCACUCUCCGCUCGGCUCAGGACUUAGGCGCGCGGAGCGAACCGGGCGCGGACUUAGGCGCGCGGAGUGAGCCGGGCGCCCCGGCCCAGGACUUAGGCGCGCGAAGCGAGCCUGGGACUUAGGCGCGCGGAGCGAGCCUGGGCCAUUGGCUCAGCCCCAGGCUCGCUGGCUGUGGACUUGGGGCGCACGGGUCUCUUAUUGUUAGCUUCCUAUUCAUCACUCUUGGCUAUAACUACAUCGCUGACGUAGUAGAGUUGAUCGAAUAGGUAUGUUGAAAUGCAUUCAUCACUCUUGGCUAUAACUACAUCGCUGACGUAGUAGAGUUGAUCGAAUAAUUCGACCACCGACGCUGAAUACCUCGCCCUCUCGCAUGCUGGCAAGGAAGGGAUUUACCUCAGUCAGCUGCUCGAAGAGCUCCAUGUACAACCUGUUGCACCGGCUCACAUCUUUACUGACAACGAAGCCGCUGCUGCAGUUGCUCACGAUCCUGUCCGCGUCUCUGGCACUCGGCACAUACGCUUGCGUGAGCACUUCGUUCGGGACAUGGUGAAUCGGGGCGACAUCUCUCUCUCGCAUGUGGGUACCAGCGACAUGGUGGCCGACAUCUUCACCAAGGCUCUCGGCCCAAAGGUCUUCUCAACGCACUGCUACGCCCUCGGCCUUCGCACUCGACACCCGCGGCUUGGGUCUGCCUCGCAUUCGCGUGGGGGGGGGUGUGAAGAGUCCACUCUCAGCUCGACAGGGGCGCCUCGGUCGUUGCGCGCACUUGCUAGCCCGCCCCCGGCGGUGGGGACUUAGACGCGCGCGACUGCCUCAGCGCGCCAGCGCCGGCGGAUUCAUGCGCGCGCCCGCUAGCCCGCCCCCUUGCGGUGGGGACUUAGGCGCGCCGGCGAUUUCACCCGCGGCUGACUUAGGGAUGUACAUUGUCACGCGCCUGGGACUAUCCCAGCGUGGCCCCCCCCUUUCUGUUUCUUAGCUUCCUUCUCAUCACUUCUGUUCGACUCUCAACCUCUCCUGACAGUAGUGGUGAACGUCUCAUACAAUGUUCGAUACGAGGUGGCUCGAUCGCGUUAUCGCUCUAAAUUCGACGUGGCCGCGGCAUUUGAGCAGGUUCGGGUCAUACCGGAGCACGUCGAUCGCACCGGCUUCGCAACGGUGACGGGCACGUACACGUCGCGGGUCAUGCAGUUUGGUGACACCAAUGCGCCCAAUACCCUCAACCUCUUGACCUCGGCGAUGUUCCAGCCGUGUCUCCCGUUCGCCAAGAUCUUUUUCGACGAUGUCCACGUCCAUUCCGAUACCCGUCGUGCGCACUUGAGACACAUCAAGAUCCUGCUGAUGACAUUGAGACAUUACCGGUUCUACUUAGGAUCCAAGAAGUCCGAGUGGUUCUCAAAGUCGUUGGACUCCUUGGGCACCAUCAUUUCUGACGUCGGCAUCGAAGUCGACCCCGCCAAGUGGGUGCGUGUCAGGAGCACAGCCUGCACUGCCAUCAAUACUCGAAGGAAGUCUCCCAAGUUUGCGGCCGGAGUCGACAUCAGCUACCGGUUUGUUCGUUGCAAGCAUUGUCGGCGCGAUGGUGUAGUCGUGAGGGCGCGCGGGCGCGCACUCAGUGGUCGAGGGUUCGAUCCGCCUGGAGCGUGA